UUCUCUCUGGUAACAGAGCCGAGGUCACCCUGCACUGGAGCAUGAGGCAUGAAGAGACCUUCCUCCUCAGAGGUCUGCUGCAGCCUUCCUCAGUUUGUCGUUUCUUGUUUAUAUGUUACUUAUAAUCAAUUUAUGUAGGCAUCUGUAAGUCCUUACUCCUUUUCUCUUUUUCCCAACAUCUAAUGAUACCAGCAGCUGCCAGUUAUUACUGUCUAUUACUUCCUGCUAGGUGCUUCUUAUUAAACCACUUUAUCUUCAUGGUUAUCCAUCCCCAUUGUAUGACCAAAUUACGCGGAUCAUAUUUUAAUCCGUUACAUUGAUCCACUAUAACUUGCCAAUCAAUAAUGUACUUGCUUUCUAGACACAUCUAGAAAGACUAGAGAAAUUGGCUUUUAUCUAUAUAGAAUAGGCCACUGGUGAAUUUCUUUCAGGAUAGACCAAAGCUGAUCUAGUAACAUCGUCUUUACGUACUUAGAUUCCUCCCACCAGCCGAGAAAGAACAUCAGGGCUGAAUGAACAUUGGGGGCUGAAUGGCAUGAACAUUGUGCCAUGAGAGGUGCAAUGUGGGAUGGUGCUGUGCUGACAGCUGGUGAUCCCUGCCCUACAUCUUUGAAGAGGAGCCCAGAGUGGGCCAUGGUCAACUUAUGUGUUGAAGACCUCCUUCUAUGUGUGUAUGUGCUUAUUACAGAUAUGCCACGGUGCUAAGUACCGUAGGACUAUGGGAAAAUUUAGAAUACGUGCUGUAUCCAUGAUGAGGAGGCACACAGGCCAGAGUGCCAGCUGUGGAAUCCCACAGCCUGGGUUCAAAGCCUGGCUGGGUCAUGAUCACCCGAAUGACCUGAAGGAAGUUCUCAGGCAAAUUUGUAAAAGAAAGUUCCCUGCCCGCCAGGAAGGGAAGUGGUAAGGGGCAGCAGCCAGUCAAGCCAGGGCAUGCAUUUUCUCCUGAAAUCUCUCCAGCGAGGCCAGGACCACAACGGAAAAGGAGGGCCUGGCUCUAGGCGGCACAGAGGCACUGAGGAGGCCCUAGGGGAGCCUGGCAGGAUCUGGCUAGUCCUGCACUCUGCUUCCAGCAGGGUCUGGCCCUGUAAUCCAGGGGACAAGGCCAGCCAAGACAUGGCCACUGGGUGCCAGCCAGCACCUGGGCCAGGCACCAGGUGGAAAGGGCUCUGGCAGAUCAGCCCCACAUGCCCCACAGCCCCACAGCGGGGCCCAUCCAGGGCCACACACCUGCCCCCAGGAGCAGGAGGGUACAGCUGGACGGAUGGGGAGCCCCGCUUUUUGCCCUUUGACUCCACUUGUAGGUGCCCUCACUGGGGUCCUGUGCACUGCUCCACACCCUGCUCUGUCACCAGCCCCAUUGUGAUGUCAUAACAGCCCAGCUGCCCACCCACAGACUAGUGGGUGAUUCAGGAGUACCCUCUCCAUUUCUUACUGUGAUUUUUGUCCGAGCGCAACUUGUAUGCUAUGGGAAGUUCCCUAAGCAAAUUGUGUUCCUUUAUCUGCCAGAUCUGGCAGCGGUGGCAACCACGAUGGUCUCCACUUGUCCAUGCGGACUUUUCAGCUGGCCGGCUUCACCCCGCAGCUCCUGCGCAUGUGCUUGCCCCACAAGCCCUCCAGGGUUCCCGAUUUCUCUUGUGCCCUCCGUGAGGUCUUGGGCCUUAUUUUCCAUCGAGCUCGAAUUUCACCCUGAACUCGAGCGCCCUAAUGCAGGACCUGCCUCCUCUUGCCUGGAGGCCCCCCUCAAGGAAGAAACCCGUGCUACGCCACUUCGCACGCGAGGGACCCGUGAAGAUCCCUCCUCUAAGCCUUACUUUUCCACUCCGACUGCCUUUGCUACAAGUGCCGCCCCGAUCCUGAAGACGGCGGUGAGAGCAGAGGAGCCUGAAGAACCGAUGGAGGUGGACGAUCAGGGUCUUGGAGUGCUCAGCGCACACAGCCCUGCAGGAGGCGUCCUUCCCUUUGGAAAGCCUUACCCAGCUCCAGCAGUGCUCCCUGGCCCAGUUCCUGGCUGCUCCCAUUGGCCAGACAAGGCGGCCUCUCUGGUACUGGGGAAAGACCACCAGCCCAGCUCGUGGGAGAGGACCCAGUGCAAGGAUCCUCCAGCUGUUGUGACAAGGAGCUCUUCUACACCAAGAGCCACCAGCAGCAGUUCCCGACAACCAAAAUUGUCAGCGCAACCCCAGCAGCUGCCACUGGUCCCUCCCCAGCAAUGGAGGUGGGAGAGAGAUCAGGGGCCCCCACCCGCUAAACGUGCCCGCCAAUCCCUGAAAAAAUUCACGGACAACACCCGCAGGUCAGGCAGAAUAACAUCAUCCAGGAGACUGAAAAAGAGAUGUGGCAAGAUCAAGCAGUUACGGUAAACUGCAGUGCCAGCCAGCCUGCCCCGAUGUCUCCCCAUCCCACGCCUGCCCCGAUGUCUCCCCACCUGCUCUCCCUGCCCCAGGCCACCUACGUGUCACAGAUCCCAGCUCCUCCUCCUGCCUCUGACUUGGCCCAUGUGGCUGCUGGGCCCCUCAUCCUGCCCUUCCCUUCGCUUUUGACCACACCAAGAAUUGAGUAAAAAUUGAUAUCUAUGGCUGGGUACAGUGGCUCAUGCCUGUAAUCCCAGCAUGUUGGGAGGCCCAGUCAAGUGAAUCACCUGAGGUCAGGAGUUCAAGACCAGCAGAGCAACAUGAAGAAACCGGUUGCAUCUGUACUAAAAAUACAGCCUAGGGAAUGAAAUAAAUGGAAGCUCAUAUUUAUUGCAUACUCAUUACCAGCUAGUAAUUUUCUAAGCCUUUCCCAUUUGGUAAAAUGUUUAAUUACCAGAAAAACUUGGUCUUAUCUUCCAUAUGUGUGCUCUAGGAACACAUGGCAUUCUUGACCCAUUUGAUCCAGUCCUCUCUCAAGAGUGAGAGUGAAGACAAGAAUUUGGAGCCCAAUCAUGAUUAGUAUUGAGAAAUGUUUCUCUGCCAGCUCACCUCCUCUGCAUUUAUUCUUUGGCAUCUUUUAGGGAGGUAAUGUGUAGGCUAAAGAUUUGAGGACUCAAAAUUUUGGUCAAUUUGUCUCUAUCUCAGAGAUGUUCCUACUAUGGAGAUUUAGAAAAAUCUGCGACUCUGAGGCUAUCCUAAAUUCUUUAUGUAAAAGCAUCAUUUUUAUAUGUUAUUGUGAAAGAAAGCUCUUACCUUGAUUGCCAUCUUUAGCCUCGGGUAUAAACAGAUAAAGACCUUGUGAUCAAUCUGACUUCAACUCUGAAAAAGUUGGUACCUUGGUUAGUUUCUUUUCCUUUAGUUAACACUAGAGGGAAUUAUUGAGAAUAACUUUUUCUUUUCUGAGGGUUUUCAGGAUUUAUUUGUCAGCAGAGGUUAUUUAAUGGCCAUGUCAUAGCCUCAGAAUCUAUAAUUCAUCUGUCUUGUAAAAUUUCUCUUAAAAUACUGUUAUGAUUAAUAUAUGCUGAAAAUAAAUAUACAGAUGCUCCUUGACAUAUGAUGGGGUUAUGUCCCAGUAAAAAAUUGAAAAUAUCAUUAAGUGGAAAGUGUGUUUAAUACACGUAACUGAACAUCAUGGCUUAGCUUAGAUUACCUUAAACAUGCUCAGAACACAUACCUUAGCCUGCUGUUGGGCAAAAGCAUCUAACUUGAAGCCUGUUUUAUCAUAAAGUGUUAAAUGUCUCCUAUAAUUUAUUAAAUAUUAUACUGAAAGUGAAAAACAGGUUGUAUGAGUAUUUGAAAUAUGAUUUCUACUGAACGCACGUUGCUUUUGUGCAAUCAUAAAGUGGAAAAAUUGUAAAUUGAACCAACGUAAGUUCGGAACUGUUUAUGCUUAAAUUAUUUUCUCACGGAUUCUUGCCUGAGCUUCAGUAAACAAAUUUGACAUGGAGAGUUUCAAAUGUUGUUCAGUGACAAAUCUGGAUCUCAGACAAUUUGGGAUUCAGGAGAAUAUUUUGCUAUGACAUUGGAUCAACUUGAUUAUGUAGUAAUUAACAAGAUCUGCCUCAAGUACAAACAUUUGAACACGUGAAAAUAUACACUUACCACUCACUGUUUUUAGUGGCUGGAAAGCAGUGACUGUCUUUCCUCUUGAAGGGGAACUUUGUCAUCAGAGACCAAAGAAAUGGGCCUGGUGAUUAGUCCAAAGUUAUUGUUUGGUGAUAGCUGGGUAAAAUAUCCAGGAACAGGAAUUCAUUUUUUGUACAGGACUCUGUUGGUUUCUGGUAUCAUACCGUAACAUUAAAUGCCUGCUUGUUACGCUGCAUUGACAUCAGCUAAGGCUAAGCUUCUCUCCUGCCAUCCAUCUUCUUUGCUUGCUGUCAUUUAGAGGAACAGUUUCAUCCCUUACUGGGUAGACUGAGAAACAUGUGGCCUUGGUCCUUUUUGAAUGGCAUCAUUACAGGUAUGCAGAAAUAUUUCUGAUUUCAGUAAAUAUUUAGUUGACUUCUUUCCUGGAGAUGCUAGGCCAUGAAGGUACAGCAAAGUCAACAAAAGGGUAAUGGACAAUUAUGACACAUUCAAUAGCAAUAGUAAUACUAUUUGCAACAGUGCUAAACUGGUAACAACCCAACCCAGUAGAAUAGGUAAAUUUUUAUAUAUUCAUACAAUGGUAUAAUUCAGUAACAGAAAAAUUUUAAAAAUGCAAUGGCAUGGAUAAAGCUGACAAACAUAAUAUUGGGUGAAAGGGCCCACACUCAAAAAAUAUGCACCAUAUGAUUCCAUUUAUAUAUAUUUCAAAAAACAAGCAACAUUCUGUUAGAACUUGAGAUAGUGGUUACCAUUGGAGGCUUCUGUCUGGAAGGGGACACUCUGGGGCUUCAGGGGUUCAGUAAUAAUGCUCUGUUUCUUGGUGCUUAUCUGGUGGAUGUAUUCACUUUGAACAUCCAUUGGGCUGAAUUUUCUUAUUUGUUUGUUAUGCUUCAACAAGAAGUUUUACAUUAUAAAGAAGACAGAGAAAGCAAGCAAGCAAUCAAGAAAGAAGGGUGCUAAUGAGAAGCCUAGAGCAAUGUGCCAACUUGCAAUAGCAUUUUUUGCUGACAUAUUGAAGUAUUUAUGUUUUAACAAGUGUCCUUUUUCUUAAAUGAAAUAGGUAUCCACUUCCAUUUACGUGUCAUAUGGUGGACAGUUGCUUUUGUUUUUGGCAAAUUUUUAAGAGGGAAAUUGAGUUAAUCCCAGUAGCAUAAAGCAAGAAAGAGAACGAAUUCAUUAAGGAUCCCAUCUUAUGACAUAUGUAGGUUAAUAGCAAGAAACUACUAAUUAAGACUAAUAAUAAUACUAGCCCCAUUGUCCUAUGUUUACUGGAUAAUUCUUAGUUUGUAUCUUCUUCUAUCUAAAUUGCCUUUUCUGAAUAUAAUUGCACAUGUCUUUAUUGUUUAUUUGAAAGAGAGAGAAAGAAUAUUUGCACCGAUAAAGAAUAUCAAUAUAUUCUCUUCUCAAAUGAUUAAGGAGACCUUAUUAAUCCACUAGAUUUUUUGUUGAAAAUAUGUGAAUGCAUUUUAUGCCUUCACUCACCUUUAUUUUUUUUUUCCAGGUGGACUUUUGAGGAUUUGUCUAAUGGACUUCCUUUUCUUAGAACAUUUCUAGAUUUACAGAAAAAUUAAGAAGACAGUAAAGAGGGUUCUCACAUAGUCUUGUGCACGUUCCUCUAUUAUUAACAUCUUACAUUAGUAUGGGGCAUUUGUUACAAUUAAUGAACCAAUGUUUGUGUAUUGUUCCUCACAUACACAUCUACGGUUCAUUCAGAUUCCUUCAGUUUUUACCUCGUCUUUUCUUUUUCUGCACCAGGAUCCCAUUCAGGCACCAUGUUACAUUUUGCUGUCAUAUCUCUUUAGGCUUGUCUUAGCUGUCACAGUUUUUUAGACAUUUCUUAUUUUUUGAUGACUGUGACAAUUUUGAGGAAUCCUGGUUGGAUGUUCUAGAGGAUACCCAAUGUGGGAAUUUGUCUGAUUAUUUUCUUAUGAUAAAACUAGUGCUAUAGUUAUUGGAAGGAAGAACAGGUAUGACAUCAUUUUCAUCACCUUAUAUCAAGGAUACAUGCGCCAACAUGACUCAUGAGUGUUGACGUUGACCUUGACCAACUGGCAGAAGUAGUAUUUGUCAGGUUUCUCUACUGUAAAGUUCCUUUUUUUGUCCUCUCUCCGUACUGUGAAUUGAUAGCAAACCACAAACUGAAUUACGCUCCCCUGUAUAAAAAUGAACUCACGCUAUUAUAAGCACAAAAUUUUCUUGCUUUUAAGAAGAUAGAAAUUGUAGGGGCAUAAAUGGCAAGAUCAACAAAGUCUUAAACAUCAACUUGAUGUUUCUUGUGCCAUUUCUCUAUGGGGUUAUUGAUUUUUGAGUCACUGAGGCAGAUGAUAUGAGUAAUAGAUACUAUCUGGCAUUUUGAGACUAUUUGGGUAAUUGCAUCUUAAUUCCUUUAAUCUCAUUGAAUAUGAUUUUGAAUUAUACACAAAACCUGCCUGAUGCAUAAAUCUUUUAAAAUAAUUGGUGGUACUAAUACCUCUAUGUCAUAUUAUUACAAGUUAUAAACAAAUAUGAAAAUGUGUUAUCUUUACAGUAAUACUUAUAACUUUUAUAAAUAUCAGGUGAGUUACAUUUUGAGAAGAUUUACCUGAAAAAGACAGGACAAUCCUGCUAACAUAGAGAAAACUGAUCCUGUAUGCUGUGGAAGGGAAACUUCUCUGUUACAUAUUUUUGAUGAAAUUAGAAUACUUGGGAAGAAAUUCUGAGUGUCACAAACUGCUGACAUGAAAAAUAAAAGUGAUUUUAGGUUUAUACAGAAAAACUGGUUAUAAGGUUUCUGAAGUUGAGCCAGAGGAUUUUGAGUAAAGCUUUAUGAAUCAUUGCAUUAGACAACAAAGUUUAUCACUUUUUCAUAGUAAGUUCACAGUGAUUUUCCAUUUUGUGUUUUAGUUUAUGACACAGCAGAAUUCUUGACAAUAAAUCUCUUAAUUCCUUUAGAGUAAAUAGUUCCCAUUACAUCUAGAAAUGCAUGAAAUAUAUUUACACAGUAAAACAGUUCUUUUAAAAACAAUUAUGUUUAUUUAAAAAAGGCUAGAUAAAAUUUAAUCAGGCUAUUUUAAUUGAUUCAUAACACAAUUUUAAAGAUUAAAACCAAAUAUCGAAAUACUAAAAUAGUGCUGAAGUUUUUGGUAAAUAAUAUGAUUAGCUCAAAAUGGUCUUUAUAUUAAUAACAUUAAAAACAUAUUCUUUCUGCUGACAUUGAUUAUAGCUAAGUUGGCAUUGUGAGAGUGAAACGCAGUUUAUUGAAACCUGAGAUAGUUGAGUUGCCUGGUCUAGUAAUGGAGUUAAGGUCACUUUAUUUGACGGUACUAGGUUUACUGUGUAAGUAAAGCUGGCAGAGUUACACUUGCCUUACUUGCAGCUACCACAUGUAAAUGCCUUCCAGGUGAAAGAGUGUUGGUUAAAUGAGCCCUGUCAAAUUUUUUAUUCUGGCUGCCUCCAUCUCCAUUGAAGUUGACCAAGCUUGUGGCUGGUGAUGCCCCAGGCUUCCUUGUAGCUGAAGAAAACUGAAGAAAUGAGGAUACUACACUAUAAGUAGAAGAGAAUACAGUUGCAAAGAGACAGAAACCAAGUAUACACACACACGUACACACACGUACACACAGACACAAACACACACAUUGUGAUUUCAGAUGCCAUAUCAGAGACAUUUUGUGUCUGUGUAUGUGUGAAUACUUGGUUUCUGUCUCUUUGCAACUGUUUUGAAAUAAGAUCACACAUAGCUUAUCUACUUGCCUCUUGCAUUGCAAAGCAGAUUUUAAAGUUAAGUCAUUCUUCUGACUGAGGUUCAUGAGCAUUGAUAACAUUGAGAAAUAAAAGGAAAAAAUAAUCCAGUAUUUUUACAAUUUCAAAAGCACAAAAUGAUGUAGUAGAAAGUAUUCUAGAUUUAGGAAGUCUGAUGUUUAUCUCAGAUGUUUCACUCCUAGCUGGGUGACAUUAGGAAGUCAUUCAACUCUUUAGUGUGUCAAUUUGUUCAUUUAAAGAAUAGUUUUGGAUUAGAUAAUAAAUCUGCAAUAAGUGGGUAGUAUUAUUAUGUGCCUGCCGUACAUACAGAUGAUAUACAUUGUUAUAUCGAACUGAGCAUAGAAAGUCAACACCAGAACAAAAGUAUGCCAAAUUGCAGGGUUUAUUGCCGGCAAUCAUGGAGGACUCAAGUCUCUCCAACCCGUGGCCCUGUAAAAGAGAGUGACAAGACCUUUUAUACUCGUAAAAUCACCUUGGGGGUGAGGGGAGAGGAUGGGGUGAGGGGCUUCAGACAUUCCAAGGGCCAGUGGAUUCAAAUCACCUUCUGGGCUGAGAGGAGGGUGAGGGGGUUGCAGACAUUUCGAGGGCCAGGGGACUAUUUGACAUUCUGAUUGUUAUUUAAGGGGUUCACAGAUGCUGAGAUUAACAUUCGUUUACACAUCGUUUGGGUAGGGGUGGGAUCCAUAGAUUUUUAUUUACUUGGUGCCAGGAUGGAAUUAUCUGGGGGUGCUUACUCUGGUAAACAAAGGCCAGCAAUUCUGGCAGUUACAGAUAAGGGAAGGUAUGCAGCUUUACCUCAGUUUGCAUCCUGCAAAUAAUUUGGCAGUUUACAGAAGCCAAGGUUAGCAGUCAUUGUGAGGAGAAUGGAAACAGUUUUGUUCUUUGUAAAAAUGGCAUUGUACAGGUUCUAACUCUAGGCCCGCUAUAUCACACAUUGUGAUGUUUAGUCCUCAUAAGAGUUCUAUGAGAUGGUCUUCUGCAAAUGAGUAAACUGAGGCUGAGCAGGCUGAAGUAGCUUACUCAGGAUCACCUGAUUUGAAUGGGGCUAAAUUCAGGAACAUAAAUGAAAUGUUAUUUUACUCAAACUCAAAGUUAGCAAGUUAGUUUUUAAAAUUUUGUAAUUAAUGAAAGCAUGUGCUGUGAAUUGAAUUAUGUUCUCCCAAAUAUAUGCUGAAGUCCUAACCUCCAGGACCUAUGUGAAUGUGACCUUAUUUAGAAAUACAAUUUUGGCAGAUAUGAUCAAGUUAAUAUGUAGUCACACUGAAUCAGGGUGGGUCCUAAAUCCAGUGAUUGGUGUUCUUUUAAGAAGGCAAUCAGAAGAGUCAGAGAUGCCCCUGUGAAGACAGAGGCAGAGUUUGAAAUUUUGCGUCUGCAGGCCAAGAAACCCCAAAGUUUGUCAGUAGCAAACAAACCGGGAGGAAACAGACUUUCUCCCUCUGAGCCUCCAGAAGGAACCAACCUUGCAGGCACCUUGAUUUUGGACUUCCAGUCUCCAGAACAACAAGAGAUUACAUUUCUGUUUUGUUUUGUUUUUUAAUGUUUUAAGUCAUGCUGUUGGUGAUACUUUGUUGCAGUAGCCCCAGGACCCUAAUACAAAAGGCUUAUUUUAUUUUUAUUUUUGUAUCUUUUUUUUUUGAGACGGAGUCUUGCCUUUUUGCCCAGGCUGAGUACAGUGGUGCGGUCUCUGCUCAUGGCAACCUCUGCCUCCCAGGUUCAAGUGAUUCUCCUGCCUCAGCCUCCCAAGAGCUAGGAUUACAGGUGUGUGCCAUCACGCCCAGCUAAUUUUUUUGUAGUUUUAGUAGAGACAGAGUUUCACCAUGUUGCCUAGGCUAGUCUUGAACUCCUCACCUCAAGUGAUUCUUAAUUUGUUAUUUUGGACGAAUUUUGAAAGGGCCACGUCAUUAGUGGAAUGACUGUUGUGAGAUUGCUGUUUUCCCUUUCUUCAAAUGCAUUGUUACUUUGCUGCUGGAAUUUGGGAAGAAUUCCUUCUUGUGUGUUGGUAAGCAUUCUUACAGAGUGUGAUGAUGAAGAGAAAGCAAUUUAUUCUUAAGGUUGUAGAAUAAAAGAGAAUAAACUGUCAUUCUGUUCAAAGUGCAGUGUGUACAUUUUAACAGGUAAUAUUUUUAUUCUAUUAUCUCAAAGGCUCUCAUUAAAAGUGUCAUUCUUUCACAAAA